GGGUUUCCCUCUCAAAGGCCGGCGCGGGAUAUGUCGGCCCAGACCGUGAUAUGGGGUAGACUCGAGCUCUGUUGACUUUCUCUUUUUCCACUGAUGGACAACAGAAUCUAGACUAAUCUGGCAAAAGGCCUUGCGUAGUAAAGGACUGUCCCCAUUUCCUUCUUCGCGCCAUGUCCCCUUUCCCCUCUUCCUUUACCUUUCUACUGACUCCUGGGUAGUCCUGGCAAGUGAAUGCGAAGGACUAAUCCCCUGGACUGAACUCAGAUUGGCCUUCGACAGCGCGCGGAACCUGCAGCAUCCUGACUACUAAAAUUCAGAUAUAAUUCACUUCUAUCACCCCGGGCUCCUAUUUCAAAAGGCAUCUCCCUACCUCCGGGGCCUGCGACCUUCUCCCCCUCUUCAGGAAGAGAAUGACAGCAGCGCGCCCCGGCACCUAUAUCCACAAAUCUUUCGAAAAUGAGUGCUGUACGAGUUCUGAGUGCGUUGGGGGCAUUUGAUGAAGGAGGGCGAGAUCUGUUGCGCCGAACGAUCUAUGGCGCGGACGGCGUCACCCUAGACAUUGACCCUCUGCCGAGCGUUCAGCGCAAGGGCCUUAUUGCAGUUUCUGUCAUGGCAGUUCUGUCCUUCUUAGCGACCCUGGCCCUGAUACUUUUCAUCAGCUACCGACUUGUCUUUUGGCGAGGAUCGUAUGCUCGGUACAUCGGUUACAAUCAAUAUAUCAUCCUCAUCUACAACCUGGUAUUGGCCGAUCUUCAGCAAUCGCUCGCGUUCCUCAUAUGCAUCAAAUGGAUUGUCGAUGAUAAAAUAUCAGCAGACACGGCAGGUUGUUUUCUUCAGGGAUUCUGGCUGCAGGUUGGAGAUCCGGGUAGUGGCCUCUUCGUCCUCGCGAUCGCCUUCCAUACCUUCCUUAUCGUGGCCCUGGGGCAAAAGCCAAGUCACAGGGUCUUUGUUGCUUCCGUGAUUGGGCUUUGGCUUUUCGUGGCUAUCCUAGUCAUUAUCCCACUUGCUGCUCAUGGACGUUAUGUUUUCAUUCCAUCGGGUGCUUGGUGCUGGAUCAGCGAAGAAUACGAAUCGAUCCGUCUAUGGACACAUUAUAUUUGGAUUUUCCUGGCUGAGUUCGGUACAGUGUGUCUGUACGCCAUCAUGUGGUUCCAACUACGGCUCCGCAUCAAGCAGUCCGCUAUUCUGGGUAGCAGCCACAUUGAAAGUCUCAAGCGCCUUCGCCGUGUUAUUGGGUACAUGGUCAUCUAUCCGAUCGCCUACAUUGUACUCUCUCUUCCUCUUGCCGCAGGUCGAAUGGCGACCGCCCAAGGCGAUGGGCCAAGCAUCGCCUACUUUUGUGUUGCCGGUGCCAUGAUUACCAGUUCAGGGCUGGUUGACGCGCUUCUCUACACGCUCACCCGACGGAACCUGAUUAUCGAUUCGGAGCCAAGCAACGAUCGCAGUUACAACCACUUUGCCAGCAGCAAGAACCGCAAGACAGACAAUCAUCUGACAACCAUCACCGCAGAUCCCAAAAUCACUCGUACGGAUAUCAGUGCUCUGCGCAAAGGAAGACAUGACGAGGAUGAUGACUUGGAGCAUACCGUGCGUGAUGGAUCAACAGACAAUAUUGUGCAAACGCUUGGCGUCGAAUUGUCCCCUAUUGGCAAGGUGUACCAGCACACCACCAUCGAAAUCACCAGUGAACCAGCCUAUCCUGACGAGGCGGAGGGAAGUGAUCGUUCCAGCAGAGACUCUGAUCCCCACACCAGAAGGGCCAACGACUCAUCAUCAAGGAUGUGGGGACGAUAGGCUCGACACCAGGAUCGAUAUUAUUUUGCCUGACACUUAUCUCCUACCCUACACUGCUACGCCCAUCUUGUAUUUGAUGCCUGUGCCG